CACAGUCGCAAAGGAAGGUCCGGAGCGGGCAGCAUGGAUGGCGCUGGGCGUCCGGACGCGGCGUCUUCCUACUCCCCGGAAUCCUCCAAGGAGCUCCGCUCUGCUUCGACCAGGACCCAGGGGCUCUCCAUCUUCCUCGACAUACUGAGAAGAGCAGAUAAAAAUGAUGAUGGCAAAUUGUCCUUUGAUGAAUUUAAGGCUUACUUUGCUGAUGGAAUCCUGAGCAGGGAGGACCUUCACCAGCUGUUUCGGGCGAUUGAUGUACACCAUACAGACAACUUGGAAACUGAGGAACUAUUUGAAUAUUUUUCCCAACACCUGGGAGAUUAUGGAAGUGUCUUAUCUGCUUUGGAAGAUCUCAAUGUAGCCGUCCUGAAGGCAAUGGACACUACAAAGAAAAAUUAUCAAGAGGCUUCUAAGUUGGAACAGUUUGUGACUCGCUUUUUGUUAAAAGAAACCCUGAAUCAACUACAGUCUCUCCAUAAUUCUCUGGAAUGUGCCAUGGAAACCACAGAGAAACAAACCCAACAAGAAAAGCAAGUCCCAAAGAAGCCAGACGUGCUCAAAAUACAACACUCAGGAAGAUGUUCAGGUCGAAGGCUCCAGAGAAAUAACAGUUUUUCUCCAGUUAGUCCUCUUUUUAACUCAGGUUUGCAGAAGGAGGACAACCAAUGGAUGACCCAAAUAAACAGACUUCAGAAGCUGAUUGAUAAGCUAGAACAGAAGGAUCUAAAGCUUGAGCCGCUAGAAGAAGAGGUAUCAGAAGGAAAUACUAAAUCUCAAAUAAUGAUUGUUCAACGUCAGAUGACAGUAAUCACAGAAGAACUAGAGCCAUUCCGCUUUGCUCUAAAGCAGUAUGUAGAUACGGCCUCUUCUCAGGAUGGAUGUCUUCAUGUUUCCAUUCAGAAACUUUCAAGCAAAUCCUGUUUCAUUGUUUAUGAAUUUUGGGAGCACAACGCCUGGAACAGCCAUCUCCAGAUGAAUUAUAGCAAGUCAUUCCAAAGAAGUAAUAUAGAUUGCCUGGAAACUCCAGAACGCAUUACAACUAUGCUUGUUCCUGCUUCUUGGUGCACCCUGAACAACUAGAAGUACUAUACUUCUUAAAAGUAAGCUCGACAUUAAACAGCACCCAGAGAACAAUAAUAAAAUCUCUAAAGUUAGCAGAUCAUAGCUAUUCUUUCACCGAUAGAUUCUUCCAUUUAAAAAGAAAUUCAUGUUGUAUAAGUUGUUGCUAGUAUUUUAUGAAAUCAUGUAAAAUAG